CCCCUAACUCUUUUCUCCGCGAGCUCUUCCACCUAUUAUCCCUGACCCCCUUAUCUGAGACUCCCCCUCCUUCUUGCGUGUGUGAGGUCACAAUGGAGCCUGUGACCUCAUAGGGACCUUAGAAUUCCCAUUUCAGUGUCUGCUUUCCCUAGGAGGGGAGGGACUUGAGGCAGUUGCUGAAAGGAAGGAAAUCUUAUCUCCUGGCAUGGAGUUCUGGGAAGCUAGAGACUGUCCCACUGUCCUUCCACUCCUCCACCCCGCAGAUCGCUCCUAAUCAUGUCCCUCCUCACUGGUGUCUCUUGAUGGUGGGGUGUGGGGGACUCUACCAUGACAGACCUCUCCCGGAACCGGUUCCCCGAGGUGCCAGAGGCAGCAUGCCAGCUGGUGUCCCUGGAGGGCCUGAGCCUCUAUCACAAUUGCCUGAGAUGCCUGAACCCAGCCUUGGGGAAUCUCACGGCCCUUACCUACCUCAACCUCAGCCGAAACCAGCUGUCAUCGCUGCCACCCUACAUCUGCCAGCUGCCCCUCCGGGUGCUCAUUGUCAGCAACAACAAACUGGGAGCCCUGCCUCCCGACAUCAGCGCCUUGGGAAGCCUGCGGCAGCUUGAUGUGAGCGGCAAUGAGUUGCAGUCCCUUCCCACAGAGCUGUGUAGCCUCCCUUCCCUGCGGGACCUCAGUGUUCGGAGAAACCAGCUCAGCACCCUCCCUGAUGAGCUGGGGGAUCUUCCUCUUGUCCGCCUGGAUUUCUCCUGUAACCGUGUCUCCCGCAUCCCGGUCUCCUUCUGCCGCCUCAGGCACCUGCAGGUCAUUCUGCUGGACAGCAACCCCCUGCAAAGCCCACCUGCUCAGAUCUGCUUGAAGGGGAAGCUUCACAUCUUUAAGUACUUGUCAACAGAGGCUGGGCGGCGUGGGGGGUCGGCAUUGGGGGACCUGGCCCCUUCCCGCCCCCCGAGUUUCAGUCCCUGCCCUGCUGAGGACUUAUUUCCGGGACGUCGGUACGAUGGUGGGCUAGACUCAGGCUUCCACAGUGUUGACAGCGGCAGCAAGAGGUGGUCUGGAAAUGAGUCAACGGAUGAAUUUUCGGAGUUGUCCUUCCGAAUUUCAGAGCUGGCCCGGGAGCCUCGAGGGCCCAGGGAGCGGAGGGAGGAUGGCUCUGCUGACGGAGACCCUGAGCAGAUUGACUUCAUUGACAGCCACGUGCCUGGGGAGGACGAGGAGCGAGGUGCUGCUGAGGAGCCCCGGCCACCAGAAUUAAGCCCUGUGGCAGGGGACAGAGAGAAGGCACCAAACAGCAGGCGGGAGGAGCCUGCUGGUGAGGAGCGGCGACGCCCGGACACUUUGCAGUUAUGGCAGGAGCGGGAGCGGCGGCAGCAGCAGCAGCAGCAGCAGCAGCAGCACAGCGGAGCGUGGGGAGCCCCCCGGAAGGACAGGUCCGCUGCCUGCACUGCCGACCCCACAUCUCCUUUGCUUUCCAGUUUUGUGAAGCUGGGGGUCAGGGCUGCUGGCGGAGGUCCUGCGGCCUCAUCCACUCAGGCCUCCUACAACGGCAUGCCCAAGUCCAGUGCCACCCAACUGGGAGCUUCAGGGGGGCAGGGAGCCCCCCCGGCCCCUGCCCCCACCCCUGCCUCCCAGGAGCCCCUUCCUGCAGCUGGACCAGCGACAGUGCCUGCUCCCCGGCCGCUCGGCUCCAUUCAGAGACCAAACAGCUUCCUCUUCCGUUCUUCCUCUCAGAGUGGCUCAGGCCCUUCCUCACCAGACUCUGCCGUGAGGCCUCGGCGACCCCCUCAGCUUCUGGACGAGAAGGAGCUGAUGGCACAGCUGCGCCAGGUAAUGGAGUCCCGGCUGCAGCGACCCCUGCCUGAGGACCUGGCGGAGGCUCUGGCCAAUGGGGUCAUCCUCUGUCAGCUGGCCAACCAGCUGCGGCCCCGCUCCGUGCCCUUCAUCCAUGUGCCCUCGCCUGCUGUGCCAAAACUUAGUGCUCUCAAGUCUCGGAAAAAUGUGGAGAGUUUCUUAGAAGCCUGCCGAAAAAUGGGGGUGCCUGAGGCUGACCUCUGCUCACCCUCGGAUCUCCUCCAGGGCACCGCCCAGGGGCUGUGGACCACCCUGGAGGCUGUGAAGCGGGUGGGGGGCAGGGCCCCCCCACCCCUCUGGCCCCCCUCUGGUCUGGGUGGCUUCAUCUUCUUCUACGUGGUCCUCAUGCUGCUGCUCUAUGUCGUCUACACUCGGCUCCUGGGUUCCUAGGACCUGAAGUCACCCUUUCCCCUGCCCCCUCCACCUAUUUCUAUUUAUAAGACUCCUGUGCAACCCCCAUCCCUACCAGUGGUGCCUUCAGCCCCUACCAAAGACACUAGUGAACCCUCUCCCCUCACACACACUGACCUCAGAGGCCCCACUCUGGUGCCCCCAGACCCUGGGCCCCCAGCCUCUGGCCACCCUCCUGUAGCCCCUUCCCGUGCCCCUCACCUCUCCAUGCUGAUGGUGCCUUCAUUCCCUCCAGGCCCUGCCCUUCCCUCUGCUCCCUCAGAGGGUAGAUCUCAACCUUCUUCCUUGUGCCGUCCCCCUCCACCCCGGUCCCCCCACUGUUAUGGGGAGCUAAAUUAUCUAUAUUUUGUAGAGAGAACUCUAUAUUUGUAGGAGUUGCAGGGGCCCAGGCUGGGUCCCUGUCUCUGUGUAUAAAUUGUACAGACCGUGGCCACCUCUGUGUGUGUGUUUGCGUCUGCUCUUGCUGUGGCCAGGCCCAGUCCUGGCUGUGCCCCUUGGGCUCUGUGUGCCAGCCUGCCUACUCCAGCAUUUCCCUCUGGAAAUGACAGGUCUCUCCUCCCCUGAGCCUUGGCCCCCUGUGUCAUCUCCCUUCUGUUACCUGCUGGCAACUUCCUUGCAUCUCAUUUGUCCCAAGCCAUGUCCAGGGUUUCCCUGAACUUUGCUGCCUCCACCUGGGCCAUCCCGUCAGCCCUGUUUGCUCAGGCUUCUUUGGGGUUUCACCCACCCUGCUCCCAGGAAGGGCAGGGAAGCCGAGAGAACAGGGUGACAUAGGGAACUUAACCCGGGCCCCUCCCCCCAGGAGUCCCUGUGCCAGCCCCAUCACAUCCUGGAAGAGGAGGGGGCCCCAGGAAGGGGCCUCCCUUACGUCGCUGCUGUCGUCCACGCACUGCUGGAAAGGCCAUAGGGUUGAGGAAGGGGCGCAGAGCCCCGACCUGGCCUGCAACCCAGGAACAGAGAAGACAGCCGUGCCCGGCUUCUGAUUUCUAGCAAGGACUCUGGUGAGGGCGGCCUUGGGCCUGGCCCUGUUCCUUGGGCGCCCCUCGGCCCUCCCGAGGGGUUGGAAGCAGGCCCGGUCCAGCAAGGUGCCUGGCCGCCUCUGGGUGUGGCCAAGGAUCUUGUGUCAAGUGCAAUAAAGAAGUCGGGCCCUCUAGGCUGCCCCUCA